AUGGGUCAACAUGUGGGAGUAUGGGUCAACAUGUGGGAGUAUGGGUCAACAUGUGGGAGUAUGGGUCAACAGGUGGAGGUGUGUGGGAGUAUGGGUCAACAUGUGGGAGUAUGGGUUGAGGCGAGGCUGCAACAGCGAUCACAACCACAACGUCAGCGAUCACAACAUAAACCACACCGUCAGCGAUCACAACUACAACGUCAGCGAUCACAACUACAACCACACCGUCAGCGAUCACAACUACAACCACACCGUCAGCAAUCACAACUACAACGUCAGCGAUCACAGCCUACAACCCACACCGUCCCGGCGAUCUGCUUCAGCGUCAGCAGUCACAACCACAACGUCAGCGAUUCACCUUCUGCUUCCCGUCAGCGAUCUGCUACAACGUCAGCGAUCACAACUUCUGUACACCGUCGGCGAUCACAACUACAUCCCGUCGGCGGUCGCCACAACCACGCCAUCAGCGAUCUGCUUCACAACCACACGUCGCGAUCACCUUCACAACGUCAGCGAUCGCUACAGCCACACCGUCAGCGAUCAAACUACAACGUCAGCGGUCACAACUACAACCACGUCGGCGAUCCUGGCUACAACCACACCGUCAGCAAUCAACUACAACGUCAGCGUUCACAACACAACCCACCGUCAGCGAUCACAACACAACGUCAGCGAUCCUGGCUUCUGACGUCUGUGAUCACAACUUCGUACGUCAGCGAUCACAACUACAACCACACCGUCAGCGAUCACAACUACAACCACACCAUCAGCGAUCACAACUACAACCACACCGUCAGCGAUCACAACUACAACCACACCAUCAGCGAUCACAACUACAACCACACCGUCAGCGAUCACAACUACAACCACACCGUCAUCCUGCUGGGGGACCAUGUAGGACACCCAGUACAGCACCAGCGUCCCUCCCAAACAUCAACAUUUUCUCCGCUACACAGCAGUUCGUGGUGGUCGCUGGAGUAUUGUGAUCACGUGUGA